CAAGAUAGAGGAGGAGCAUUUGUAAAUAGAGAUAGCCUGCAAUGUCUCUUAUGUAUGAAAACGUCGUCAAGGUAAUUUCAAAAUUACCCAGUGAACGACACGACGAGGAUAUAGAGAUACUGUUGCCAUGGUUUCGGAAAAAGUCUGAUUUGUUUCGGAAUGUGAAAUCAGAUAUCAUCAAGGAUAUACUGAGAGAAUGCAGAUUUAUAAACCGUGAAGAAAAUGAUGUAGUUAUAAAACAAGGUGAACGCGGAGAUUGUUUCUACAUAAUCCUUCGUGGUUCGGUUAGCGUUUACAUCAACACACAGCUAGCUGAGCAAGACGAUGACACCGAUGCGUCCAUCCACGGUGACCAGGGUCUCCAGAUCCCCGGGGAUAAUGUUCAGAUUCCCGGGCAUAACGGAAUGCAUCAACCCGGGUAUCACGGAUCGGACACUUCCCGGGAAUCCACAAUUCGAGUUGAGCUCCAUCACCAGAAUUCAAUUGAUGAUAUUCCAGAGAUGAUACGGAACAUGAAAGCGACGGAGAAAGCAAAUUACGGACAUUUCGUAAACAAUUUAGGGGCUGGAAAGAGUUUUGGCGAGCUUGCUCUUAUAUCAAAGGACUGCAUACGAAAUGCCUCGAUUAUUGCAACAGGAGAGACUGUAGACCUUCUCGUUGUACAUCGGACUUUAUAUAACAGG